UAAGGUUUGUGGCAAGACAGCGGUUCAACCAACUCGACCACAUUCCAGAGACAACAUCACCUUUGUUGCAUGGAGGUGGUGCAAAUGUUUUUCUUCUCAAGAGAGGAAAAUGUAAUCUUUUCUCUAAAGAUAGCCGUGCAAUGUCUUGGUGGGAUCGUUCCACCUAAUUAACCAUCAGUUAUCAAUCCACCUACACCCGGACGAGCCGUUCUGAAGUCAAAAAGGAUGAUGCGGCCACACGGUGACUUGAGUUGGGAGGACAACUGUUGAUAGAGCUUUACAAAAGCGCCCAGCCAUGAGGGACAGACUGAGCCACUUACAGGAGCUGUCAGAUGGCGGCAGCAGCAGCAGCCAUGUGGAGCCAAUGGACUACGCCGAGUCCUCCGCCUCCGACUCCUUCAGCAACGUGGACCUGGAGGAGGAGCUGCCUCACCAGGCCGUCAUCUUCGACAACAGCCCCGCCUUGGAUGACGUGUUCUCCCAGUCCCAGAGUGUCCACCGCGAGGUCCAGCUCAUCCGCCUGGAGGUCAAGAGGCUCCGAGAGCAGAACUCUCGUGUGCUCCAGGGCACCAGCCGCAUGAGCUUGAUCAAGAAGGAUUCCAACGCCAUCGGUGCCGACAUCAAAUCCCGCGCGGAGGGCGUUCUGGCGCACCUCAGAGACAUGGAUGCGUCAGCCCGCAAGCUGGAGGCUGAGCACGGCUCCAACGCCGCCGUGACCCGUAUCGCCCGGACGCAGUACGCCUGCCUGAGCAACAACUUCCGUGACGCCAUGUUCGAAUACAACGAGGCAGAGAUGAACCACAAGGAGAACUGCAAGACCCACAUCCAGCGGCAGAUGGAGAUCGUGGGGCGGGAGGUGACGGGCGAGGAGGUGGAGGAGAUGAUCGAGUCUGGCAAAUGUGAUGUCUUCAGCGAGAAUAUCCUGCAAGAGGGGAUGACGGCAAAGUCGGCAUUGAACCAGAUUGAGUGUCGGCACCGAGAGCUAGUGGAUCUGGAGAACCGUAUCCAGAGCAUCCAUGAGAUCUUCUUAGACGUGGCCUUGUUAGUGGAGGAGCAGGGGCCAAUGAUGAACACCAUACAAACCAACAUCCAGCAAACAGAUGCGUCCUUACAGGAAGCCCUGGUCAAACUGGAGAGAGCAAAGCGCCAUGACAAGAACAAUCCCUUUAAGAAGAUGUUCUGCAGCUGCUUCCCAUGCUACAAAUAAAGAAUAUACUGUAUUUUAAAGUGGGAGUUUAAAUAAAUGAAAAAAAGUACUUCUAUUUGGUUUUAAUGCUCUAAAAAUUUCAUUUUGGCCUCCGGUAUGCACAGCUUUUAGGCAGUUUAAUUAACCAUCAUUCCAUUGCAUAUAAGUGUAGAAUUCAAGGAGAGAGGAAGGGGGUGGGUGGGGGGUGGGGGAGUAUCUUAAAAGCAUUGAAACAGGGCCCGAUAGGAUUCAGUCCCAAAUGACUGAGAAGUACAGUAAUGUUAUUUUGCACAGCUGAGACAGUACUUGCUAUGUCAAAAAUAUGUAUAUCCUUUAUACACUUUCAACAAUGUUUAAAUUAUGCAUUUUGGGAUUUUAUAAUCUGGGCUAUAGCAGCUGCAUCUUGAAUAAACUAUUUCCUGCAACAAAUCUUACUCUUAAUAACUAAUCUAUAAAAUAAAACUUUUUGACUUCA